CGAGCAAAUUCUCCCAAAAUAUAAUAAUAUUAAACAAAUGGGGGAAAUAAACGAGAAAAAUCAGAUCAGGAGCUGAAUUGAUCAUUCCCGGUUUAGUAGAAAUCCCAACCUUAAUGCUGCUUUCCUCCACAUUCUCUCGAUUCUAGCGACGGAGGAGGAUUCUAUCGCCGGCCAUUUGGCUCCGAAGGACUUACCCCCCGGCGUUGUCGUCCUCCGUACAUCUCUCUUUCUCUGCUUUCACGAACACAAGGUAGAAACUCAGUCUCUCUGCUGAAUCUGACUGUCAACGAGAUCUGUGAAAUUCUCGCGAAUUGGUUCUUUGAUCUGCCCGAUUCGCGUCGUCUUCUCUCUGGAUCUGAGUUUCGAUUUGAAGUAAUUGAUCUGUGAAACCUCGAAUCGGGGGUUUCUCGCUGCUCCUGCUCCAUUCAAGUCACGUGUAAGUCAUCAAUCCUCGGAGAGAGCUUCCCUGGAUCUAUUUCGAAUAGUUGUACACAGAGCCGUUGAAGCGAUGUUAUCGUCAAGGUUUUCAUUUUUGGGGAUUGGCAGUAGUUCCAACGAGGUUAAUGACUCUUUGAGUGGUUCUGGGACCAAGAUUAAGCCAACUCUAAGUGUGCAGACGGAUAAAGAUGUGUACAGGCCUGGAGAUUUCAUAUUUGUAACUCUUGAGGUUGGCUAUUCUGCUGUGAGGGAUCAUGAGAACGGGGCUAGCCCCUCGGUUUUGGUUGACAAGCUUAGUUUUGAGGUUAAGGGACUUGAGAAACUGGACGUUCAGUGGUUUUCUGCUCAAAAGCCAUCACCAGGAAGCAAAGGAAGAAGAGGUGAGCACAUCUUCCUUGACAGUUCAACACCAUCCUUGAUCUCUAAUCAACUCCUAUCUCCUGGUGCUAAGAUGACAUUAAUGGUUCGAGCUGCACUCCCACAGAUUAUACCACCUUCAUAUAAGGGUGCUACUUUACGUUACCAUUACUAUAUCAAGAGCACAUUAAGCGGAAGAUUGAUGGCAUUAGAAAACAGUCAAUUUUACAAAGACUCGACAAAAGAUUUCAUCGAAGUGGAGACUCGAGUCCCAAUUCAAGUAUGGGCAAUUCAGAAGAACAACGGGUUGCUUUUAGAGGAAAGUCACACCGAUGGGAUUGUUCCAACCAGUACCAUUCAGACAGAAAUAUACUGGAAAGGGAUGGAUGGGGACUCAGAAUGGACAAGAGCAAAUGACGCAUAUGAUAAUGGCGAGGAUGGAUAUGACAGUUCACGCGAUGAGAUCUCCUCUGUUUCUUCCUAUCCCAACAAAGGAAAUCUAAACAGAGCUUUUGGUAGUUCAGUGUCCUUGAAUUCUGGACCAAGAUUAUCUAUGAAUGCCACGUCAUAUAUUGAAGGUGUUGGAUCAUCUCCAAAAGAACUGGUCUCUCAGUUAUCAGCUGCUGUGGUGUCUUACGACUCUGGACCUGAUGGCUUUUCUCCUGGUAAAUCAUCAGAUUCCGUGAUUCCAAGCCAACAGCCCAAGCAGACAAAUGGCGCAGGAGCAUCUAACUCACCUGAAGCUGGAGCUGGAGUACCAAUUCCAUCAGAAAGAUUCACACGAGGAAGAUCUUACAACAUCAGAAUGGAUGACCAAGUCCUACUUAGAUUUUCUCCGAAGAAUGCAGACUCUACUUAUUACUUCAGCGACAACAUUGGUGGAACUCUUACUUUCUUCCAUGAAGGAGCUAGAAGAUGCCUCGAGGUCUCGGUUACACUAGAAACUUCAGAGACGAUAAACAGGAAAUUUGUUCAUCCGUCGAGGAGAAGUUCUCCAACGCAUACUAAGGUCCAAAGCGAUCACCAUGAAGUGGUGGCAGACCUUAUUCAGACCAGCUUUCUUUUCUCGAUUCCCACGGAUGGUCCAAUGUCGUUUACUACACCCCGUGUUUCUGUGCAAUGGAUUCUUCGGUUCGAGUUCCUAAUCACCCCGAAGGAUGUGGACUUGAGCAGGUAUGAACAUCCGUUGUUAGUCCCGGAAAGGGAAAAAAGCGAAUGGGUUCUUCCGAUCACGGUACAUGCACCACCACCCCGAACAUCAUCAUCACCUGCUCAAAACCGAGGCGAUAAGCUAUAUGGUUUGGAGCCUUCUUGGAUACGCAGCUAAACCACCUUAUGCAAUGUAAUUUUCUUUUAAUUCUCUUUUCGAAUGUUUACCACAAACUUUUGUUUUUCAUUUUAUAUACUAGUUUAUAAAUAAAAAAACCACCAUCGUCUGGUUUGAGAGCAA